AUGGCUUCCUGCUCUGAUUCUGUCACUACAGAUAGUCAAAAGACCAAUAGCUUAUCUAAUCGAUCCGAUUCACAACUUGAUGCUGAAGUCACAGAUACUGAAAUCAAAGGCUAUCUAAUGAAGAGGGCUCGCCUGUCCAGAAAAUGGAAAAAACAGUGGUUUUUACUUAAAAAUUGUGAUCUUUAUUACAGUGAAUCACCAAAGGGUUCUCUAAAGAAAAUACCACUUACAGAUGCAGAUAUAUCCGAGACAAGAGUGGACAAAAAACAGUAUGCUUUUCAAAUUCGCAGCAAGCAGAAUGGCCGCACCUACUACAUUCACGCUGAAAAUGAGAUGACCCAAAACAAUUGGAUGCAGGCAAUAUGUUUUGCGAAAGCUGCUGGAAAUAAUGGUGGAGCAUCACAAGCGUGUGUCGUGCAAUGA